CGUUUUGGGGACCUGCAGCGUGUCAUGGCCGACCGACCUACCUCAUACAAUUGCCAUCGACAAUUAACCAUUAAGCAUAUGACCACGUCUUAACGCCCAAAAAUUAAUCAACCCAACCACGUAGCUUUAAGUCCAGCAUAUAAAUACGCAGCAUUUCCAGCACUAAUUCAUCAAUCAAUGAAAAGUUGUUCGACAGUUUGGUUGUCUACUAAAUCCAAAUCGAAAUAUUUGCAAGAAUUUUACCAUGUGCUGCCACGCCAAGAAUGUCUGCUCCUUGCUGGUGCUGAUGCUGGCUCUGGGAUUGAUUGGAGCUCAGCCGGCAAGGUCCGGCAAACGGCUGGCAAAGCAACAGGCAGCGGCGCCCUACCCAUCCGCCGAAGAGCUCAAGCCGGAGAUACCUUUCGAAGAGGGUGUUCCCGAUCAGACCUAUGGCCCCCCAGAUCUGACCUAUGGUCCGCCACCAACCGACCACGUGGAGCAGCUGCCCAGCGCUGACGAGCCGCAGGACUUUACAUCCGAUCCGGAUGCAGAAGAGGUGCAGCCUGUCAACCAAGCACCAGCGCGGCUAAGUAAGAAGCUCAGACGACAGGGCCAGCCCCAGCUCCAGCCCUUGAUUCUGUUCUCCGAUAGUUCCUUGAGACUGAUUGGCCCACAAACAGUGGCUGUUCGAGUACCUGCGCUGUGGUAGGAAUGUGAAAGAAGCCGUGAUU